AUGUGGAUUUAUAGUGCAACUCUUAAUGAUAGGUUAAUUCGCGAUAUUAAGGCGUUACUUGCUGAGUACACUAGCAAAAGCAUAGAUGCAGGAAUUACUUGGGAAUAUGAGAAAAAACUAGUUAAUAACAAUGCUUACAAUUGGAAGAACCAUUUCUGCAUAGACUUUCCCUAUUUUCAACAAAAAGAAUUCCUUCUUAUUAAAUUACCUUCAUUAAACGGCCAAUCUAGCUCUGGUUCUUCCUUCACCCCAAUGAUACAAGCAUCUGAAAUUGUAUGA